AGUAGCUAUAACAAAAUCCAGGAGUGUAAGACAGGGAAAUUUCUACAAAAUAAAAGGGUAUAUCAAAAUGUCAAUCUACCACUAUACAUUAUUCAAAAUUAAAAUCCAAGUUGAAAGAAAAAAAAAGGAAUUAAAGAGAUAGUCUUUGCUCACUUUUAGCCCAAGGCAAUAUAAUAAAAAUGAUAACACCUAAAUUUACAGAUUUAGUUCUAUACCAAUCAAAUUCCCAAGAAAGUACUUUGCUGAGCUAAGGAAAGUCCUCCCACCCCACCCAUCACCACCACUUAUGUGUGAGAAGCUAACCAUUGAAAUGUGUAAACUCACACCAAGCAUGAAAUGGUCCCUAGGUUAUAUUAUGAAUAAAAUUCUCUGGAGUGCAUAUUAAUUUAUAAUUAUUUGUUAAAUAGUAAAAAGCAGGUCUGUCACCUGCCUGUUGCCUCGCUAAUCUGAGCUCCCUGCUCUCCUCCCAUUUCAUUCACUCCUACUGCUUCCCCAGGAUGAGAAGUACAAGCUUCCUCGAGCCAUAACUUCACUCCAUGAAGUCCCUUUUUCUGAGUCGCCCUAAUUGGAGAGACUUGACCUCAGUUUGGUGUCAGUCUUCAGUUGCCAAGAGUCAUAUGGGACAAGAAGUCAGGGUCUUCCUGGAAGCCAGGGUGCCACCAGGUUUCUGGUAUGUGGGAUAAGCUCCUUACCCAUCUCCUUCCCACACCUUCACAGAAUGCCAAAGGAAAUUGUCAAAAAAGUCAGGGUUUGGGGGAAAGCAGGAGACUGGACUAUAGGAAAUUGGUCUUUGGGCCACAGAGUCCUAAUCUUUAAAAAAUAAGAAAAUGCCCAGGACAAAGGGAAGUAAGUAACCUUUGACCAAAACAGAGCUAGAAAGGGGACAGUCUUUCGUCCCCCGUCCUUUCUUAAAGGUAAACAUGGAAACUGACUUUUUUAAAAUAACUAGAGCAAGCACAGCCAACAACAGAUUUGACACUCAUUUGGGGGGUUGGGCAGCGACGGAAAGAGCCCACCAGAAAAAAAAAAAAAAAAAAAAGCGCACCUCAGCAAUUUUUCCUGACAGGCUCCAAAAUUCUCCCAGAAGGUCAAACUGACACCGGUGUUCACCAAUCAAAGAACCGGAAGGCGGGGCUGUAUUGUUCUACUUCACCAAUCAGGGAAGGCUUUCGAACGUCGCCCGGACUAAGAACCCUAAAGCUCGCUGGCCUUUAUCUUAAACGUUCUUUUGGAUUUGGCGGGUCCUCUAGGUGUCUUGGAGGAACUGGAUGGCGGUCCCGUGGCAUUCUUCUGUGUCCUCUGAAUCCCCCGUCCUUCUGCUCUCGAACCCCCUUCUCUGCCGUUCCUCUUCAAUGCGUCCCUUCGUUUCGACUUCUGCAUCGCCGGUGGAGUUAACUCCAGCGGUGCGAGGCGUUAUAUGUCAGUCUUCCUGUCCCUUGGGACAGGACUGGGAGGGUCCGUACUACGUGACUAUGGAGUGGAGGUCUCCCUAUAGUGACGGCGCCUCCUCAGCUGGGAGUCUUCUCCCGUUUCCGCCCCGCCCUCCUUUUUCCAAACCGGCCCCUCGAUCUAAAAGGUGCGGGAACCUAGUAAGCUCUUUAAUAUGGGGGAAGGAAGAGGGGAUACCCUGUGCAAUUGGACCACAGAUCGCCUUAGAUUGGAAUUACUGGAAGAAACUCGAUUGAAGGAUAUAGUGCAACUCACAACACUUGAAAUCAGGAACAAGAUAGUGGAAUUAGAAGAAGAAUUAAAAAAUGAACUCUAAGGUAAUGAAUGGAAAACUCGUUAUGAAGCUCAAACUGAACUUAAUAAUCAAUUAGAAAAGCAAAUAUUAGGUCUUCAAGAGAAAAUGGCCAAAAUUCAUGGAAAUCCUUCAGAUAGAUUAUCUUCUAUUCGUAUCUACGAACGGAUGCCAAUGAAUUCUUUAAAUCAAUUACUUAAACAGCUAGAAAAAGAAAAACGAAGUCUUGAAUAUCAAGUAAAAGAAUAUGAGCAUAGACUGGAACAAGCAUCAAAGGCUUUCCAUAAGACCAAUGAUGAACGGCGUGCCUAUUUAGCUGAAAUGUCUCAGGUAAACCAAAUUUCACAAUCCUCUAAGAAGCAAUCUAUGGAUUCUUUGCCCAAAAUGAAAGAAAAUCAUCUUAAAAGGGGAAGAGGGAUUUCAGCAAAUUGGAGGACAGCAGAUAUCAAGAAAGGACCUAUUAAAAAGACUGCAAGAACAAACCAUCUUCCAAAACUAAAUCCUUGA